UGAUUGGAUUUUAUUUGUUUUAUGUGAUGUCCCCUGCAUGUGAGCUAGCAAUCGUCAAGUGUGAAAGAUGCGCAUCUGCAUGGUGUCGGACUUCUUCUAUCCCAGCAUUGGAGGGGUCGAGGAGCAUGUUUACAAUCUUGCACAAAUGCUGCUUAGUCUGGGUCACAAGAUCGUUGUGCUGACCCAUGCCUAUGGAGAUUGCAGUGGCAUCCGCUAUGUAACGCACGGUCUCAAGGUCUAUUAUCUCCCCAUUAAAGUGUGCUACAAUCAGUGCAUCCUUCCAACUGCCGUCUGCAAUGUGCCAAUGUUGCGGGCCGUCCUCCUGCGGGAACGUGUGGAGAUCGUGCACGGCCACUCGGCCUUCAGUGCCUUAGCCCAUGAAGCUCUGAUGGUGGGCUCUCUGCUUGGUCUAAAAACGGUAUUUACCGAUCACAGCCUUUUUGGCUUUGCUGACUUAUCAGCAGCCCUUACCAACAAUCUUCUGGAAGUCAAUUUGAGUAUGGUGAACCAUGCCAUUUGUGUAUCGCACAUUGGCAAAGAGAACACGGUGCUGCGAGCGCGUGUGGCAAAGCAUCGGGUUUCCGUGAUACCAAAUGCUGUAGACACCGCUUUAUUUACCCCAGAUGCCAGCCAGCGACCCAGUAACGACACAAUCAACAUUGUGGUGGCUUCUCGCCUUGUCUACCGCAAGGGCAUCGAUCUUCUGGCCGGUGUUAUACCCCGCUUCAAGAACACGCAUAAUGUUAACUUUAUUAUCGUGGGUGAUGGACCAAAAAGAGAUCUGUUGGAGGAGAUACGCGAAAAGACAAAUAUGCAAGAUCGAGUAGAAAUCGUGGGCGCUGUGGAGCAUGUCAAAGUACGAGAUGUUCUCGUACGCGGCCAUAUCUUUGUGAAUACCUCGCUAACGGAGGCAUAUUGUAUGGCCAUAGUUGAGGCCGCCUCUUGCGGUCUCCAGGUGGUCUCCACCAGCGUUGGUGGCAUUCCUGAGGUUCUUCCGAAAAGCCUAAUACUGCUGGCAGAGCCGGAUAUUGAUGCCAUUCACUCUGCCAUUUUAGUAGCCAUAGAUAGACAUCAAAAAAGUAUAUCUAGUAUGAUAAGAACUCCAGCCUCUAAUGGGCACAUUCCUUCUGAGACUGAUAGACGGGGAAUGCGACGACAACGAAGAAAAAAUCAUUCAGCUCCUGAUCCGGUUAGCUGGUCCCAAACGGGUUGCUCCACACCUGCGGAUGAAAGUAGCCAAAUAGAGCCUGUGCUCUGCCCAUACAGAUGCAAUGAGCUGGUGGAGACUCUCUACAACUGGGAGGAUGUUGCUCUUCGGACUGUUAGGGUCUACGAUCGAGUGCUUCAAGAGCGAGCUUUCACCAUUAGCGAACUGGUAAAUGCGGUGUAUCAGCAUGGCUCGUGGUUUCUUGGCUUUUUCGUAGUGUCCCAUUUUUUGGUCCGACUGCUAGACCUUUGGCGUCCCCGCAGUCGCGUGGAGGCAGCUCAAGAUGUAGCACGUCAGCACAGCUAGCGAACCUUAAAUGAAUGCUCUAAAUGAAUGUACUCUAGCCAAAUAACAAAUUCAACCUCAA